ACAAAUGUUAUGGUUUUCAUGUUGGGUGGCAUUACUUCUAAAUGGAAACAAACUGUUGGCUAUUAUUUUACUGGAAAAUCUGUUAACGUUUCGGAUAUGGGAAGUUCUAACCAAGCAUUAUGGAGAAAAUUGAAUAUUCAAGCUAAACAGCAUUCUGAAGUUUGCAAUUUCAUACCACAUCCAUAUGAUUUUACUCGAAAAAUUUACAUUGUUCCAGAUCCAGUGUAUCUUUUUAAAAACAUGAAGAAUAUGUUGAUGACUAACAAGGUUUUAACUAUAUCUGAUGAUAUAAAAAAAAAUAUAACUUGCCCAAUCAAGAGAUUAAUGCUCAACAUAUACUAGAUGUAGUUAACUAUCAAAAAAAUUUAAAAUUCCAAUUGGCUCCAAAACUCACCGAACAAGACUUAUUUCCGAAUCAUUUUCAAAAAAUGAAAGUGUCUAAAUCUACUAAUGUUAUAAGCCAUGAUGUCUCUAGUGCAUUAAGGUUUUUAGCUGAAGAACUUCAUAAACCAGAAUACUUGACUACUGCUUGGUACAUUGAAAUUAUUGACAAAUGGUUUAACUUGAUGACAUCAAAAAAUCCAGUAAUGGCACUAAGCAAAUUGAAGCCAUUAGUUUACAAAGAGGCAAUUUCAUUUUUAAAUGAAUUCAUUGAUAUUAUGAGAAAACUAAAAGUUGGAGCAAAGACACUAUGGAAACCUUCUCAAAGUGGAUCAAUUCUUGCUACUACAUCUAUACUACAGAUUCAAGAUAUUUUUUUAAAUGACAGAGGCUUCAAGUUUCUUUUAACAUCACGAUUCACUCAAGAUUGUUUAGAAAAUCUCUUUUGUGUUUCAAGAUCAAAAAAUGUUGUACCAAAUGCAUUGCAGGUAAAAAAUAAUUAAAAACUUAUUACUGUUUCACAGUACUUAAAAGAUGUGUCCAAUAGAAACUGUGAUGAAGAUGAUAGGGAAUUGUUGUCUGGAUUUUUGGAUGUCAUACAAAAACCUAAAGUACGCAAUAAUGUGUCUGAAGUAAAAAUUACUGAUAAUUUAGCUGCUGAGCCACAUGUUCUUUUACUAAAUAAUGGUGAAUUAAAUUCUCUGUAUAAUAUUUGUGGCUAUAUAACACAUAGUAUUAAAAAAAAGUCUAAAUUAUGUAAAAAUUGUUUAAAUUUUGUUGGAUCUAAUUCAAGUACU